AUUGUAUUUGUUUUGUUGGAAAGCAUUACGGGCAUUACCGCAUUGCAUUACCACGAGAAUGUGUCUUGAACUAAGUCGGUUCUCAAGUAUUCCAUCAUAGCUUGUGCACGUUGCGCACUGACUCUUCCAGCUUCCUGCGCGCUCUCAAUCUCUGUGGGCUCUCCUGUCGCUGUCAAGAGCCAGAGUUUUCGAAGGAACUUGCACGCUUUCGUCACUCGACACCAGCGAUGAAGCCACUGGAACCUCUGCAAGUGCCUGCCAAAGAGGUUGACAUUGUGACAGAAAAAGCAAGUGACCCUCAGCACCCUAACAAUGGACAGAUCGGGGACUCUGACCACACCUUAAACAAAGAAACAGAUUCCGACGAAGAGGUGGAAGAGGCGUGGCAGGCGGCAGGGGUCGUGGAGGACACCAAGCCCGACGAGGGCCCCGCGGAGGACUGGGAGUCCGAGAUCACAGAGCCACACUUCGUCGUGAACAAGCGCGCCUACCUCUAUGGCAAGGACGUGUUCGUUCCGUCGGACAUCCAUGCCGUGUCCUACCGGAGGCGGACGGCCUGGUACCAGCCGGUCGAGGGACAGUUUGACGACGCCGACUCUUAGGGGCCCCCUCUUCGGACACGGUUUCUUCGCCUCGUGAAACGAGGGAAUUGCGGCGUAUUUUUGUUUUCCCAUUUCUUUGUCUGAUGGGAGAGAAUGCUUUUUCGGUUGUGUUGUGCACGAGCGAGCCAAAGGGACCGAGCCACACGCUUCUUUUGUAAUAAAGAGAUUUUUCACACGUGCA